AUGACUGGUCGAGAAAAGCCUCCUCAGCCACCCACAGGACCAGUCUCUCAGUGCCGUGGUCCUUUUAUCCCCCACGACGCUGAAAAGUCUCACCAACGACGGUUUUCGACUAUUUCGCGGAAACGUGUAAUCGGCGCGGCGGUAGUUGCAGCCAGCGUGUGCGCGUUCACAAUCAUCCCCCCACUUCCACCGGCCACUACUGCAGGCUUCCGCAGCCAUCCGUCCCUCUCCCCUGAAGAACAUGUCCUGUGUUCGAGAAGAUUCGCUUUGCCACGGGCACGUGAAGACGCCCUCCUUCGCAGCAAGUCAGACCGGUUUGAGCCCGGAACACGGCCUACCCUCAUCAAGAACAUCACUCUAUGGACCGGGGCUAGGAAUGGGACGGAAAUCGUAUACGGCGACAUCUUCCUGGACAAAGGGCUCGUUCAAGGCAUCGGGUACAUCCCAGAAAUACUCUACGUGGACCGUGAUACCGACGUUGUGGAUGCUCACGGAGGGUGGAUCACUCCGGGCUUAGUGGACUUGCACUCCCACAUUGGGGUCACUAGUGCCCCCCUCACCGCCGCGUCGCUGCAAAUGGACUCACCAAGCGGACCAAUCCUUCCUUGGCUGAGGAGCAUCGACGGAUUGAGCACUCAUGAUGCCUCGUACCCCUACGCCGUGGCCGGUGGGGUCACCACGGUCCAAGUGUUACCCGACUACGGCCGCGACGCCAUUGGCGGUCAAGCGUUCAUGAUCAAGCUGCGCAAGACGUCCCAGCGCACACCAACUUCCAUGCUCAUCGAAGCACCCUACCAGCUGAACGGCACUGACUUCGACCCGUACGAGCCCCGUUGGAGACACCUCGUGAUGUCGUGCGGGGAGCGAACGCGGGCAUCCGGCAACCGCAUGGACACCAUGUGGGCGCUCCGCGCGGCCUUCGCCAUGGCGCGUGGGUUCCGCGACGCCCAGGACGCGCCGGCCUGGGGAGGCAGGCGAGGUCAGCAGCCAAGGUACCCGGAGGACUACCGGUGGGAGGCGUUGGUGGACGUGCUGCGCGGCAGGGUCAAGGUGUCAGUGGUCUGCGAUGAAGCCGUGGACUUGGACGGGCUGGUCAGGUUCUCGCAAGAGUUCAAGGUUCCGAUUGCAUCCAUUCACGGCGCUCAUGAAGCUUAUCUUAUGCCUGACGCCCUGAAAACAAUCCCUGGUGUUGUACCACCUACUGUAGUUCUGUCUGCGGAUAGCUCUCGCCAACGGCGCGAGACAUUCCGCGGCUCUGAGUUCUCGCCGUGGAUUCUCGCAGAGCAUGGGAUACCAGUGGCCAUGAAGACGGACGCACUAAAUUCGUACCCGCGCGACCUCAUCUUCGAAGCUCAACAAGCGCACCACUACGGUCUACCUCCCAAUCUUGCCCUAGCCUCCGUCACCUCGGUUCCUGCGACCGCUGCCGGCCUCGUCCACCGCAUUGGCAUCAUUCGCGAAGGCGCCGACGCGGACCUCGUCCUCUGGGACUCACAUCCUCUCCAGCUCGGCGCCUCCCCACGCAAAGUGUGGAUCGACGGCAUCCUGCAAGUGCAUGUCGACGCCGUGCGCGCGCGCAUCCCCGUCCCCAAAGCCAAGAACACCACCGCACGGCGCCGUGGCCCCCCGCCGGUGCCGGACUUCGCCACACAGAAAGACCGCGCGGUGCGCUUCGACGGCAUCCCCCCGCUCCGCCCGAACCGCACCGUGCGCGGCCGCGUCGCGUUCCGGAACGUGCGCGAGGUUUUCUUGCGCGACCGCGGGGACGGCGCGGGCCCGCUCACGUUCGGUCUGGACGGAGGGUUGGACGAGGACGACGAUAACUUCGUGGACGUCAUCGUCGACCGCGGGCGCGUAGCGUGCUUUGGGCGGUAUUGUGAUGGAGACAGGGCCGAGGUGGAGUUCGACCUGCGGGGCGGGGCGGUGGCUCCUGCGUUGAUGGCGUUCGGCAGUGGGCUGGGGUUGGAAGAGUUGGAGAGCGAGCCGUCGACGGGCGACGGCGCCCGGUUCGACCCUUUCAGAGGAAACGUCCCCGACAUCGUCGGCGAUGCCGCUGGCCUCACGAGAGUCAGCGACGCUCUCCAAUUCGGAACGAGGAAUGCCCUGGUGGCACACCACGCUGGGGUCACGUACGCGACGACUUCUUUCCUCAAGCCGCACUUCUUCUCUCGGGGAUCGUUCGUCGGUGGACUCUCGGCGACGUUCCGAACCGGCGCAACCAACGGCUUGCAACGUGCCGCGAUCAUCAAGCCAAUCACCGCGCUUCAUAUCGCCAUCGGAAGACACUCUCCGCUGUCUUCUGGUAUCGGCGUCAGUACGGAGAUUGCAACACUGCGGCAUCUGCUGCUGGGUGGCGAAGACGAGCACACCGAGACGGGAAAAUGGUUCCAGAAAGCGGCCAGUGGCGAGAUACCUCUCGUUAUCGACGUCGCAAGUGCGGACGCUAUGGUGUCCAUCAUCCGAAUGAAGAACGAAAUCGAAGAGAAGCGAGGGUCCUACAUGAAUAUGGUUUUUUCGCGCGCAACCGAGGCGCACAUGGUUGCCGACGAACUAGUCCACGCAAAGAUCGGUGUCAUCCUCAUGCCCUCGAGAGCAUUCCCGUGGACCUGGGAUGAACGCCGAAAUCUUCCCGGACCACCUCUCACGAACUCGACUACUCUCAACGAACUCCUGAAGAAGCGUGUCAAGGUCGGAAUCGGUCUCGGGGAUAUGACUCACAGUCAAAGCAUGCGGUUCGAGCUGGGUUGGGCCGCGCUCGAUUCCGAUGGCCUGGUCGACAAGAAGCGCGCAUAUGAAUUGAUGUCAAUCAACCUCGAAAAGAUACUUGACCUAGAAGGAUGGGUGGGCGAUGUGGGCGAGCUUGUUGCUUACGAAGGUGGGAGCGGACUGGACUUCACGAGUCGACCUGUCGCGAUUGUGGCGCCCUCAAGGGGGCUAGUUGAGGUUCUGUGA